GGUGGCCCCGGGGGGCCGGGGGCGGGGAGGCGGCCGGCGCCGCCCCGGCCGACAAAAGUCCCUUCAGUUCAGCCGGCGGCAGGGGAAGUCCCGGCGGCAGGCGAGACCGCCUUCCCGAGCUCGCCUGCUCCUCGGCCGCCGUCUCUGGGCGGCCCGAUGCCCCGAUGCCCCUCGGGGGCCAUGGACGAGGGGCCGGUGGACCUGCGCACCCGGCCCAAGAGCUCUGCUGGCCCCGGGAACGCGCUGCCGCUCCGCAAGCGGCCCCUGCGCCCCGCGUCCCCGGAGCCCGCCGCCCCCCGCGCCCACGCCGGCCCCCUGGACCCCCUGCGUGGCAGCUGCGACGCUCCAGCUGUCCCCGGGCCCCUCCACGGCGUGGCCAGGCCAGAGGCGCUCUACUACCAGGGACCCUUGAUGCCCAUAUACCCCACCCCGACUGUGGGACCCCCGUUUUCUCUACUGAACCUGCCCACACCCCUGUACUCCAUGAUGUGCUCCAUGGAACACCCCCUGUCAGCUGACAUCGCUAUGGCCACUCACGCAGAUGAGGAUGGAGACACACCUCUCCACAUUGCUGUGGUCCAAGAAAACAUGCCAGCUGUCCACCGGCUAGUCAGCCUUUUCCAUCAUGGAGGCUGUGAACUGGAUGUCUACAACAACCUGCGGCAGACCCCACUCCACCUGGCUGUAAUCACCACCUUACCAGCUAUGGUCCGGCUCCUGGUGGCAGCUGGUUCCAGCCCCAUGGCGCUGGAUCGCCAUGGUCAGACAGCAGCCCACCUGGCAUGUGAGCACCGCAGUCCAAGCUGCCUGCAGGCCCUGCUGGACAGUGCAGCCCCGGGCACCGUGGACCUGGAGGCUCGCAAUUACGAAGGGCUCACCGCCCUGCACGUCGCUGUGAACACCGAGUGUCAAGAGGCUGUGCUGCUGUUGCUGGACCGUGGUGCGGACAUAGAUGCGGUGGACAUUAAGAGCGGCCGCUCUCCCCUCAUCCACGCCGUAGAGAACAACAGUCUGAGCAUGGUACAGCUGCUGCUGCUGCACGGUGCCAACGUGAACGCUCAGAUGUACUCCGGCAGCUCUGCAUUGCACUCAGCAUCUGGCCGUGGGCUCCUGCCACUGGUGCGCACGCUGGUUCGGAGCGGUGCAGACAGCGGCCUCAAGAACUGUCACAACGACACCCCUCUCAUGGUGGCCCGAAGCCGCCGGGUCAUUGAUAUCCUAAGGGGGAAGGCCUCCCGGGCUGCCUCCGGGCCACAGCCUGACCCCUCCCCGGACCGAAGUGCCACCACCUCCCCAGAGAACAGUAGUCGAGUCGGCUCCAACGGCCUUCCAUCUAUGUCUUCAUCAUCCUCCUCGCCUUCACAGUCUCCCCCCAAGGAUGCCCCUGGCUUCUCCCUGGCUCCCCACAAUUUCUUCCUCCCAGCUACAUCCUCACCUGCCUUUCUGCCCUUCCCUGGGGUCCUCCGAGGCCCUGGCCAACCCACGCCCCCCUCCUCAGCUCCAGGAGGCAGCUGAGACGGGUGGGGGGGCAGAUCUGGACUCAUGAGGAGGGGGGCCUCCCUGCCCUGUGGGGCAUACCCUUCUGGAAACUGUGAAGAUCUCGCUCUGCCUCCCCCAAUCUUCGGGACCAGAUUUUGCACCGAGGCACAUGCACCUACCCUGGAGCCCCCUUUUCUGUGCAUAGAUACCCCACAAUCUCACCCUUUGCCAAGGACUCCCCUCCUCCACGUAUUCUCAGGCACUGGGGCCCCUGUUUGGAAUCCACUGGAUAUUGGUUUCCUUGUUCCCCUCCCAGAACUAAUAGAACCAGAGGCCACCCCCUCCCUCUGUCAUCCACACAGGGACAAGGAGGGAGGGAGGGGUCUUAGGUGGGCACUGACCACAAUGUAAAUUAUUAGGUGUUUUGGUUGGAUCUCUUUUGUAAUAAACUAUUUUUGUACCAUA